AGCUUGGCCCGAUUCUCGGUACUGAUGGAUAGCCGAAAUCCCAAACUUUGUCCCGGCUGCAUUCAACAUAUAUCCCAAUAUCAUCCAGGCCGCCCAACAGAGGCAACCCGGCGAUGCUAAUGUUCCAGACACGGUUGAUCUGUCCUAUACCCUGAUCUACAUGGCAGUGAACUUGCCACUAUCAUCGAGAUUAUGAUACAGAAAAAAAAAACGAGCCUCUGGAGGAUUGGCAUACAGGUACCAUUAUGCAAUGGGUGGCGGCAGGGGUAUUGUCAGUUUCGGCCCACGGAUAUCUGAGGAGAAGGCACUUGAUCCAGAAGAUGUCAUUUCAGAGGGCGCUGCUGAGGGAUCUGCCAAUUGUCACUCGAGGUAAUGUUUGCGCAAUGAAAGAUGUAGCUGGGUUCGUAUUCACUGCCAUAGUCAUUAACAAGACACCAUACGCUUUCAGCUACGAGGACGACAAGCAGCAGCUGGUUGAGAAUUGGGAUCUUGCAAGUGCAACUCAAUUCGGGCAUAGCGUUUGUGUGUCGCGAGCUUGGGGGUGUUAUCGGGCGACACGUAGGCACGUGAUGGAAGGUGGGGAUAUCGAGGAUCGGGAUACCGCCGGAUAA